AUGUCGUGGGCGGCCGAAUUUGGGUGGGCGUGUCACGGGGCAAGCUGUAUGUCGUUUUGCUCAAGAGCAAGCCCGAAGGUGUAUGAGAUUGGGAGGGUGGUAUGGACAACCAAAGGAGAAGAACAGGAAGCAGCUAAGAAAGAGUUCCUUGAGUGCAUUGGAUUGCUAGAAGGAGAGCUUGGAGACAAGCCUUACUUUUGCGGUGAAACCCUCGGGUUCCUUAUUCCGUUCUGUAGCUUGUUUUAUGUGUAUGAGAAAUGUGGCAACUUCAGUAUAGAGGCAGAGCAGCCAAAGUUUUAUGCAUGGGCAAAGAGGUGCAUGCAGAAGGAGAGUGUGUCCAAGUCUCUUGCUGACCAGAAAGCGAUCUAUGACUUGUUUCUGCAGCGCAUGAAAGCGAAGGGGAUUGAUCAGUAG